UCGCAGGGAUGGGAUCCCUGAGGUUGGUCGAGCCACCACGAGAUGUCAGCAAACACCACGGCCUCUUGGCACCUCAAGCCACUGCCCGUGGGAACAGGGUGUGGCUGCUGCUGCCACACACCCCAGGGGACCCUCUCCGUGUCCCUGUGUGGGGUUCUGAGCAGCCUGGGACCACAGCCCAGCAUCCAUCUCCACAAGGACACUGCUGCCCGAACUCUGGGGUGUCUCUGGGGACCCCAAUUCAUAGAACCAUUGGAUGCUUUGGGUGGAAAGGGACCUCAAAGCCCAUCCAGUCCCACAUCUCCCACCGGAUCAGGGACUCCAAGCCUCAUCCAACCUGGCCUUCAACACCUUUAGGGAUGGGGCAGCCACCUCUGCUCUGGGCAACCUGGGCCAGGGCCUCCUGACCCUCACAGGAGAACAUUUCUCCCUAAGAUGUCAUCUCAAUCUCCCCUCUUGCAGCCCAAACCCAUUCUCCCCAUCCUGUCCCUGCACUCCCUGAUUGAUAGCCCCUUCCCAGCUUUCCUGGAACCCCUUUCAGCACUGGAAGCUGCUCUAAGGUCUCCCCGCAGUCUUCCCUUCUCCAGGCUGAACAACCCCAACUCUCUCAGCCUGUCCUUGUACAGGAGGUGCUCCAGCCCUUGGAUCAUCUCCGUGGCCUCCUCUGGACUUGCUCCAACAGCUCCGUGUCCUUCCUGUGCUGAGGACUCCAGAACUGGAUGCAGGACCUUUCAGCACCUUGGAGCUGAGGACCCCAACCCCCUUCCCCAUACAUCCCCCCCUCCUCGCUGAUCCUGCUGCUCCUCUCCCUGACGCAGGAGCAUCACCGGCUCCUGUCUGUCCCUCUGCCCACCACCCCUGCCCUGCACUGCUGAGGGUCUUGGUGAAACCGGGGAUCCUGGGCAAACCAGGGGUGCAUCCGUGGGAGCUGCGGGGCAGGGCUGUGACUCACGCACAGGAAUUCCUCUCGGGUGAGGGCAGGGCUCAUGACUCACAUCGCUGUUUAUGAGUGGGGCUUGGCUGGGCACUGCACCCGGAUGCUUACACGGGAUCCCAGUGAUCUGCUGGGAUCCUGCGUAGACUCUUAGGAUCUUUCCAAAAGGGACCCUCAGACUGAGGACCAACCAGCACCCAAUAGUUUGUUUCUAGAUGCAGAUAGGCUGCAGCUCUUGGAAACAAUUCAGGAUGUCCUCUCCCUCUUGCAGGAGGUCCUGCAGGACCCUGGCAUCUGGGUUGGGGUUUGGAGCAGCUGCAGACCUUGGGCCCGUCCUGGUCAAGGGCACUUUAUUUCUCACCCUGGAGCUGCUUGGAGCAAAUGGGGUGCAUGGGGAUCUGGGGGGGUUGCUGUAUUGCACCAGUGUCAGAGAGAUGUUCUGGGUGUCUGUGUAGGCAGAGGGAGGGUGUGUGUCUGUGUGCUCCCCCUGGAAGCCCUGGGGCACUUUUCACAGACCAUACGGCAGGCAGCGAGGAGGGCGAUGAGGGGAAUAUUGCAAUAGGGAUGGGACUGUCAGGCUCUGCACCCAGCCCCGAUUUAGGGAACUCAAACCCAUGCUCCCGUCCUUGUGUGGGAUCAGCUCCGGGCACCCUGUGCCUGCUGCUAACCCUGGGCACCAGGCUCCAGGUCCCACGUGGCACAAGAUGUGCAAGAUUUCAGAUCAUGGCCCAAAUGUGUGUUCCCCACAGCCCUCCCCAGCUGCGAAUCCCCUAUAGGAAACCUGAAGAGGGGUCUUUAUCAGGGAGUGCAGGGACAGGAUGAGGGGGAAUAGUUUUGAGCUGCCAGAGGGGGGAUUUCCCAUUGUGGAUGAAACACCAAGGGAUGCCUCAGCCCUUCCCUGUCCCUGUGCCCAUCUUUUGACUUAUGCCUUGGUCCCCAGACUCCUCAGCGGGGCCAGCAGCUCCUUCCAGCAGCAUCCAAAACCACCCACCUCACACUAAUGGGAUCACACAGCUCGUUAGGCAAAAAUGAGGCGCGGGUGAAACCACCUGCAUGGAGCUGCUGGGAAAGCCUGGAGGCAAGGGGGCUGCGUGGGACACGCUGGGCAGUGCCACCCCAGCUGGGCUAUAAAUGCCCAUCCUGCUCUGGCUGUAGCACCCCGACACCGCUGCCUUCUCUACGACGACCUCGGUGAGUCUCUGCUUCCCUUCCUCCCGCUGUUGCACAGCUGGAACCCACCCAGGAGUUGCUGCGCCCCAAAAUGUUUCCCUCAGAGGUGCUGGGGUUGCAGCUGCUCCUUUGCAGCAUCACGGACCAAUGUGGGUAGGGUGAGGGGAUGGUCCCACUGACUCCCAUCCCUGGUGCUCUGCCCUCCAGGAGCACAGGAAGCUGGCGAUGGCAUUCCCCCUGGAGCAGGCGAUGGCUGUGAUGGUCACCACCUUCCACAAGUACUCAGGGAAGGAAGGGGACAAGUACAAACUCAGCAAGGUGGAACUCAAGGAGCUGCUGAACAAGGAGCUGCCCAGCUUCGGGAGCAAACAAAUGGACGAGGGGGAGUUCAAGAGGCUGAUGAAUGACCUGGAUCACAACAAGGACAGCGAAGUGGACUUUAAGGAGUACGUCUGCUUCCUGGCCUGCGUCACCAUGGGAUUCAACGAGUUCUUCAAGGACUGCCCCAGGCAGCCCCGCAAGAAGUGACUCCCCCUCUCCCCCGCCCACAGCAGCACUGCAGGGCUUCCAA